AUGUUUCUAUGCACCGGUGGUUCUGAAUGCUGCUGUUGUGCCCCCUUCAGUUGCUUCUUCGUUGAAUUGGUGCCUGAGUGUCUUAUGUUGUGUAUUCCACGAAGGCCUACGCCUGAUACUCAGUACCGUAGCAGCUCUGGCGCUAUCAAAUGGAGGUCCCACCGAAAUCGGGAAAGAGAAGAGCACCUGACGGGAUCGUUCCAAGAAAAGCCGGCUGGCAAAAGGAAGAGGAACAAUGCCUUGACUUAUAAGGACGUGCAUGUGAACUUCACUCAGGAAGAGUGGGCUCUGCUGGAUCCUUCUCAGAAGAAGCUCUAUAAAGAUGUCAUGCUGGAAACCUACAGGAACCUCAAUGCUAUAGGCUUUAAUUUGGAAGACCAAAAUACUGAAGAACAUUGGCAAAAAUCUAGAAGAUAUGGAAGGCAUGAAAGAAGUCAGAGUGCAGAGAAACCCUCUGAAUACACUCAAUGUGGUAAAGCCUCUGCUUUACAUGCUGACAGUCAUGCUCAGAGGCAUGAAAGGAUUCAUACAGAAAAGAAACCCCAUGGAGUUAUUCAAUAUGUUGAAGCCUAUGCACAUUACUCAAGUCUCCAAAUUUGUAAAAGAGCACAAACUGGAAAGACACUCUAUGAAGGGAAUCAAUGUGGUAAAGCACUUGUAGAGCACAAUAAUCUUAACAGGCAUGGAAAACUUCAUACUGGAGAGAAACCCUAUGAAUGUAAUCAAUGUGGUAAAGCAUUUGUACAGCACAAUCAUCUUAAAAGGCAUGAAAGAAUUCAUACUGGAGAGAAACCCUAUGAAUGUAAUCAAUGUGAUAAAGCAUUUGUACAGCAUAGUCAUCUUAAAAGGCAUGAAACAAUUCAUACUGGAGAGAAACCCUAUGAAUGUAAUCAAUGUGAUAAAGCAUUUGUACAGCAUAGUCAUCUUAAAAGGCAUGAAACAAUUCAUACUGGGAAGAAACCCUAUGAAUGUAAUGAAUGUGGUAAAGCAUUUGCACAGCACAGUCAUCUCCUACAACAUAAAAGAACACAUACUAGAGAGAAAGACUUUGAAUGUAAUCAGUGUGAUAAAUCCUUUUCACAGUGUAGUCAUCUUAAAAUGCAUGGAAGAAUUCAUACUGGACAGAAACCCUAUAAAUGUAAUCAAUGUGAUAAAGCCUUUGUAAAUCGCAGUCAUCUGAAAAGGCACCGAAAAAUUCAUCUUGGAGAGCAACCCUACAAAUGUGAUCAAUGUGAUAAAGCCUUUUCACAGCAUCAUAGUCUCCAAAUACAUAAAAGAAUACAUACUGGAGAGAAACCCUUCAAAUGUAAUGAAUGUGAUAAAGCCUUUUCACAAAACAGUGAUCUCAAAAAACAUAACAGAACACAUACAGGAGAAAAACCCUACAAAUGUAAUCAGUGUGACAAAGCCUUUUCCCAACAUUUUAAUCUUCAGAGGCAUAAAAGAAUACAUACUGGAGAGAAACCCUUCAAAUGUAACGAAUGUGAUAAAGCCUUUUCUCAAAACAGUGAUCUCAAAAAUCAUAAAAGAACACAUACAGGAGAAAAACCCUACAAAUGUGAGAAAUGUAAGAAAGCUUUUUCACGACACUACAAUCUCCGAAUUCAUACACGAAUGCAUACUGGAGAGAAACCCUAUGAAUGUGAUCAAUGUGGGAAAGCCUAUAAUGCAAUAACUUAUGAGGAUGUGCAUGUGAACUUCACUCAAGAGGAGUGGGCUUUGCUGGAUCCUUCCCAGAAGAAGUUCUACAAAGAUGUCAUGCUGGAGACCUACAGAAACCUCAUCAUUAUAGUGUUGUCUGGAGAAUCUCGGGAGCAGGUGUAUACUAGUUGCAGUGAUCCCGAAAUAGCAUGA